UACAUUGCUAAGGGUCCUGUCUUCAACUGAACUGUUUCCAAAAGAGAAAGAGAGAGGGACAAAUAUUUAGCAGACACACCUUAAUAACAAGAGAGGUAAUCUGAAAGUGAACUGAUGCCUUUUCUCCUUCUGAGGUCAGUCUGAAGAACUUUCCACAGAGAAGUAGCGUUCAAGAUUGAUUUUGAGGUGGAACAUGGAAACAAACCAAGGACUGGCAAACAGAUGCCUGCCUAACACCUUCAAACCUUCAGUACUUAAUGAUUCUGGACCAGACAGAAGUACCAGAAAGACUGUCCCGUGUGCGGAGCAUAAUGGCCGAGCCAGACUAUAUGGAUGGGGACAGUGAUGAACUCAUUAAACCCCAGAAACUCAUCAACCCGGUGAAGACUUCCAGAAAUCAUCAGGAUUUGCACAGAGAGCUCCUCAUGAACCAGAAAAGAGGCCUCGCUCCUCAAAAUAAGCCAGAACUCCAGAAGGUGAUGGAGAAGAGGAAGAGAGACCAGGUGCUGAAGGCUCAGAAAGAGGAGCUAGAGGCCCACAAGAAAAGAUCAGACCUUGAAAUCGAACUCAUGAAGAGACGGGAGACACUUGAACAGUUGGAACUAGAGAAUCAUAAAAUUGAAGAGGAGCAAGAAAACACCCCAGAGUUCGUCAAAAUGAAAAGCAAUCUGAGAAGAACCAAACAGGAAGUGGAUGGGCAGGAGCGUGCCACCUAGAAACAUUUGUUGACAUGACAACUAGACUGUGGUUUGUGGGGAUUUCCUGGUGUUCCUCCCCCAUGUGUCCCUGUGAAACAUGUGACUAUAAAUGAUUGGUUCCAAUUGCCUGCUUGCAGACUCAACCAGUAUUCACUUUUGUCCUGAACAACAAUCAAAUUUACACACAUAAUGUACGCAAACAAACUCUUGCACAUGGGCACAGCCUCUUUGCCACUGGUUGACUGGCUUCAAAGAACAUGCAUGGUGGAACAGAGUCAACACGAUUUCGUUGUGGGUGAGGGCUUUUUCUUUUCUUUUCUUUUUUUGGAGGGGGACACAUUUUUUACUAUUUCUAUUUUUGAAAGCUGAAAUGGGACACUGGAUGGACUCUUUUAAGCCAAAAACAACGCUCUUUUAUUUAUGCUCAGUGUAAGCUUUUUGUUAGAAGUGGCUCCUCAAGUUCAAGACUCACAUUUUCCUCUUGGUUGAGAAUUAAAAAAAAAAAAAGAAAAAGUGACCUAAAUAUAAAAUUCCAACGAAGUUUUGCUUGUGUGAUGCGCCAUGCUUGCUUUUUAUAAAUUGUAAUAUUUGUGCUCUCCCUCUGCUAAAUUUCAUAAGUAAUACUAGUUCUAGGUUUGUGAAUUUUCUUUUACAAAUGUUUUUGUUAUACUUUUUUACAAAUAUGUUACUAAUAACUUAAUACGCUUUAGUUCAAUGUGAUAUUCAAUGCAAGGGCAUCAGUUUUCUUCACUUGAGUGGUAGCUGUUUGCAAUCAGAAAAGUCGAAAGAGAACAUAAGAAGUUUAUUAAAAGAGACACUUGGUUUUGUGUAGAUUUGAGCCAGUAAAUAACCAUUCCUUGUGUUCCCUUAAACCUUCUUUUAAUAAAUAUUAUUUUAUCAUGU